AUGUUCUCGAAGCUCAGUGAGCGUCUUUUGAUCAAGAAUCGUGAUCAAGAAGGGAAUUUACGUGUCGUUGAGUAUCUUGACAAUGACUCUAUUCGCCCAACGCCUGUCAAGGACCGCACUUGGACACAAUUCACAUACACCUUUUUUUGGUUCGCUGCAACAGCAAAUGUUAGCAACUUAUACGCCGCGGCAACCGGUCUCUCGGCAGGUCUAAGCAUGUGGGAGUCGCUCGCAUGCCAACUUGGCGGGCAACUGCUUGCAGGUCUGCUCAUGGCACUCAACGGACGUGCAGGAGCCAUGUACCGAAUACCUUUCCCUGUUCUUUGCCGCUCGAGCUUUGGUACCUGGGGCGCACUUUGGCCUACUUUCAACCGUGCGGCCAUGGCUAUCGUGUGGAAUGGAGUCAAUAGUGUCCAAGGAGCGCAAUGCCUUUACGUUUUUCUCCAUGCUAUAUUCCCUUCGAUUGCUCAGAUUCCUGAUAGAAUGGGGCCUAAAUCUGCCCUAACAUCUGCUGGCAUGAUGUGCUUCUUCAUCUACUGGCUUAUCAACUGUGCGUUUCUCCUUAUCCCGGUGCCUCGUAUGAAGGGUUUCAUCUACGCCAAAGUAUUUGUCUUCUUUGCUGCUACAAUCAGCAUGGCCGCGUGGACGUUGUCCCUGUCAGGGAACGCUACCGCAACACUGAAUCAGCCUGGUACUACCCACAGCUCCGAAAAGUCUUGGGCUAUUGCUCAGUUCCUAUUCCUUGGCUUAGCAAGCUGUGGUACCUUUAUAUCAAACGCGGCCGAUCUACAACGGUAUGCUCGAAAGCCCAACGAUGUCAUCCUCGGGCAGGUUUUCGGCUUCCCAAUCUCAAACUUUCUUGUCGGCAUUCUCGGUAAUUUGAUUGCUGCCUCAAGCGUGAGAAUAUUUGGUGAAUUUGUCUGGAACCCGCUUGACACUCUCGAUAAGUUGAUGGCCGGUGACCGAUACACUCCUGCCAACCGCGCCGGUUGUGCCUUUAUUUCUUUGGCCUUGUUCUAUUCCACUAUAUUCUCUGCGAUUUUUGAGAAUUCUAUCCCCGCUGGAAAUGAUAUUGCCGGCCUUCUCCCAAAGUACAUUGACAUUAAACGCGGGUUUUUUAUUUGUGCCGUUCUCUCGUAUGCUAUUUGCCCAUGGUACCUUCUCUCAUCGGCCGCUGUCUUCAUAACCUUUCUUGCGUCCUAUCAGAUAUUCCUCUCUGCCAUUGCGGGUAUAAUGAUUUGUGACUACUACCUUAUACAGCGUGGCCUUCUUGAUGUGCCUUCUCUAUAUUCUCUGCACAAAGACGGGCCCUAUCGAUUUUUUCAUGGGUUCAAUAUUCGAGCAUUUGCUGUUUACUUGCUUGCCGUCGCUCCAAACUUCUAUGGGUUCCUCAACCGUCUCGGUGUUGCGGCUCCCCUUGGUAUUCAGAAAUUCUACUACGUAGCAUAUCCCGUGGGUGUGCUGUUGGCCUUUUUGGGAUUCUACCUCGCCAAUCUGCUCUCACCCGUUGGCAUGGUCCGAAAGACUGGUUGGAUGGAGCCUAGGGAUUAUAUAGAUGCCUUUGACGCCACAAUAUCGGGAAUUGUGGAUGCUGUAGAACCGGAAAAUGAAUCAACCCUGGGUAGUGCUGUGGGUGGUCAAUCGAAGAAGAUAGAGGAGGCGCAGAAGUGCUGA